AUGAAGGCCGCAGUCUUUCGGGGCUCCAAGUCCAUCGCUGUCGAAGAGGUUCCGAAACCGAUGAUCACAGCGCCCAAGGAUGCCAUUGUCCACAUCACGCACACGACCAUCUGUGGUUCCGAUUUGCACAUUUACAAUGGCGAGCUGAACCAGGCCAUGAAGAAAGGAGAUAUCAUGGGCCACGAAGCCAUCGGUAUCGUCGACCAAGUUGGUCCAGAGGUCAAAAGUCUGCAACCCGGGGACCGGGUCAUCAUCCUCCCUGUGAUUGCGUGCGGUGAAUGCUUCUACUGCAAACGCAAGGAGUACUCUCUCUGCGAUAAAACAAACCCCUCGAAAGAGAUUGAAAAGAUGUACGGUCACAGGCUAUCCGGCAUCUUUGGAUACUCGCACCUCACUGGCGGAUACCCGGGAGACCAAGCCGAAUGGUGUCGGGUUCCCAACGCCGACCUGACAUGCGUCAAGGCUCCUCAUGACAUGGACCCGAAGAAACUUGUCGGGCUUGCCGACGUCACCACCACAGCAUGGCACGGGUGCGAGUUGGCUGAGGUCAUGGAGGGAGACAUUGUCGGGGUGUGGGGAUGCGGCGCCGUUGGACUCUCUAUCCAGCGACUCUCGAAGCUCCGAGGUGCCAAGAGGGUGUACGCUAUGGACGUCGACCUUAAGCGUUUGGAAAUAGCCAAGGAAUUCGGCAUGAUCCCGGUGGACGUGUCAAAACACGAGGAUGUCGCAGAGUACAUUCUCUCGGUCGAACCUAUGGGCCUUGACCGUAGUAUUGAAGCAAGCGGGUUCAGGAGUGCCCAGUCGCUUGCUCACAAGGGCAUGCGGGCUUUGAGGUUGGAGGGCGACAGCGGAGAUACGGUGUCUGACUGUAUCAAGGCAACCCGUAAGGGGGGUAACGUUGCGCUGAUUGGCGACUUCUUCUUCUCGACAAACAAAUUUCCCAUUGGCAUGUUGAUGGAGAAGACAAUCACACUCAGGGGGGGGCAGCUCAUGGCUCAAAAGUACUAUCCUUUCCUUCUCAACAUGGUUAUUGACGGCAAAUAUGAUCCUUCUUGGAUGUUCACUCAUGAAGCCAAACUAGAGGACAUCGACAAGUGGUACGGCUUUUUUGAUAGGCACACAGUCCCCGGAGGUCUCAAGGUCCUACUCACAACGGCGUUUGGGAGGUCACAGAACUAA